AAAGUCCAGCUUCUCAUUCCUAGAAGAAGGCUUUCUUUAUUUCAUGCCUUUUCAGCUUGAAAGGAGAUAAUCAGCUGAUGUGUACUCAAACAUUUCUUGCUUUCCUGUAGAAUGAGAAACAAGCAUGAGUUCACUGUGUUAACAUAUUCUAGCAUCACCUGGCUUGCUUAAAGUUAUAUAUGAAUAUUUGAAAGCAAAAUAAAAGUUAGAAAGUUAGCAAUGGAAAUGCCUCAUGAGAGGAUAAUUAUUUUUGGCUGUCUGAAUUGGAGGUGUUCUCAGGCCUUACCAAGUCCUAUAAGGACACUUGCCUUUAUUCCUUUCUUCUUUUUAUUCCAGAAGUGAAUGGAAGGGCUUCAGAGGAGCAGAUACGGAACCAUGGCCGAAGGCGGGAUAGAACAUCAGGGCUUUGAACCCUCCUCCUCACUGAGGAUCAUCCUGGUAGGGAAAACAGGCAGCGGGAGAAGUGCCACCGGGAACAGCAUCCUCUGCCAGCCUGUGUUUGAGUCCAAGCUGGGGGCCCAGUCGGUGACCAGGAAGUGUCAGAGGGCAACAGGCACGUGGAAUGGGAGGAGCAUCCUGGUGGUGGACACGCCCCCCAUCUUUGAGGCUGAGGCCCAGGAUCAAGAGGUGUACCAGAACAUUGGAUCCUGCUAUCUGCUGUCGGUGCCAGGGCCCCACGUGCUGCUGCUGGUAACCCAGCUGGGGCGCUUCACCAAGCAGGAUGCGGUGGCCGUGACCAGGGUGAAAGAGGUCUUUGGGGCGGGAGCCGAGAGAUACAUGGUCGUCCUCUUCACCCACAAGGAGGACUUGGCGGGCGGAUCCUUGGAUGAGUACUUGGCAAACACAGACAACCUCAGGCUGAGGAGCCUGGUCCGGGAGUGUGGGCGGAGGUACUGCGCCUUCAACAACCGGGCCUCCGGGGAUGAGCAGAGAGAGCAGCUGGCCCAGCUGAUGGCCGUGAUCGAGGGGCUGGAGCGGGAGCACCAGGGCGCCUUCCUCACCAACGAGCUCUUCUUUGAUGCACAGAUGCUCCAGCAGAUGGGGGGUGGCGCCCAUGGAGAAGAUUACAGGCAAUACCUGGACAAGGUACGGCUGCAGGUUGCAAAGCAAAAGCAAGACCUGAAAGAGACUGAGACAAACUGUGCCUUCAAGGCGCUCCUCCGACUCAAAGCCUGGAUCGUUUCUCAUGCCAAAAUAUUUGUUCUUCUUGUCCUAUGCCUUUUUAUUUUUCUUGCCAUUGUAAUUAUUUUGUCUAGUACCCAUCAAGGUUGAGCAUUUUCAGAUGACAUCUGCCGUCAGCUUCCAUUUUUUUCAGAGUCAGUACAUCACCGACUCAAUGGACAUGGGUUUGGGUGGGCUCCAGGAGUUGGUGAUGGACAGGGAGGCCCGACGUGCUGCAGUUCAUGGGGUCGCAAAGAGUCAGACACGACUGAGCGACUGAACUUAACUGAUAUAUAUCUAUAUUGGUCAGAAACUUUAUUUGCUUUUUAAAUAAUUUCAUUUUCAAUUUCACUUCCUUGCAUCAGACAUACCAUCCCUUUUCUUCAGUUGCUUUUUAGGUAAAUAAAAUGCAAAGGGGGAAAAAAUCUCAUUCUGUUGUGUUAAAAUGGUGAAGGCAAAUAAUAAACUAAAUCCACAACA